AAUUGAUAGGAAAGUAGUGGAGCCAUUCAGUGGCGUGUUGGGAGAAUUUUCCUUUGCCUUUGCCUUUCCCUUUCAUAUCAAGGAUGAUUUAUUUUGUGUGCGUUUCAGAGUCUCUCGCUAAAAGAGUAGUGUGGGGUGGUCGCGUUCGACACAAUAAUUACAAUAAGUUUAUGAAGGAGAACAACUUACAUCAAAUAGGUUCAUUGUUAUGUAACGUCUUUGUCUAAUAAUAUAUUGUCAUGUGAAAAAAAAUUUGCACAUAACAAUACAUCAUUGGACAAGAGACACCACAUGGCAGGGAACUCGUUUCAUGUAAGUCAUUCUUUCUAUGAAUAAGAGAAAUCUUAUGCAAUUGGGAUACUAAGAUGAUGGUAUUUCAAGUUUAUCGUGUAUUGCUAGUCUGCCAAGUGUUUUAACUAACUCACAUAACAUCGAGGGAUUCGUUUGAUAUAGAUACAAUUUUGGCCUAAUUGGAUUUCUUUCUUUGUUUCAAAAGUGUUUGAGGGAAGGAAUUUAGAGGUACUUUUCAAUUAAAUGGUUUCGAAUGAGCAAUUUUCUUGUGUUAUUAAUCUAAAUUACGUAAGUACAAACUAUAAAGGAUGUGGAAAGGUUAAAUUGCACAAAUCCACCACAUGGUUUUGUCGUAGAUCAAUAUUACUUGCUCAUGUGUUGACCCUUUGUGGUUAAGCUCGUUGUCAAUCUCAAUCAACUUCGAGCUUCACAUCUAAAUUCUCUCUAAUUCAAACAAAUAUGUGCAUUAUUUACACAGAUAAAAGGAUUCUAAUGACACUUUCUUCGCUAAUAACACGGAAAUGGAUAAAUGAUCACCUAAAAUUAAGUACGGAUACUUCGAAACACCAUAUAAUUUGAACUGAGAGUUGGAUUCAACUUGAUAUUGGUCGAGCUUUAACUGUAAUGAUUUCUGCCUUGAAAAGUAGGCAUAUUAUCAAUCACCAUUCAAUCAGGAGCCAGUCCAAAACACCAAGCACCACCCUACCAAACAAAGCCUACAACCUCCUCGAUUCAUACAAAAAUCUUUACAGUCCAUUCACCCAUCCGUGCAAAGAUUAAAAUACCAAAUUCACACUCCCCAAAACAAAAGAAGCAAACAAAAGGAAUUGAAAGCUAACACAGAGCUCUCCACAGUCACCCAUUUUCCAAGAGAGAAAGACAGAAAGCUGCUUUCGUUCUUCUGAAAAGCCUGAGGAAACCAGACCCAAAUCUAUCGUUGAUUCGGAUUGUUAUUCGGGUUGGACGGAAAUGAAGCUCUCUGCAAAACCCAUGUCGAGUCCGGGUCGGACGGACAAGUUCCCGCCGCCGUUGGUGAGGUUUCUGAGGACCAAUGUCGGGAGCAGAAGCAGAGGCCGGUUGCGUUCGAGCCCAAUGUUCGUGAGGAAGAAGAACACACCCGCCGUUGAAACACAAGAGCCGUCGUCUCCUAAAGUCACGUGCAUGGGGCAAGUCCGAGUCCGGAGGUCCUCCAAGCAAGGCGGUUCGCGGCCCCGGCGAGCUAGAGGAACUACCGGAGCUCCUUCCCGACGGCGAUCCAAAUGGAUGCGAACCGCCCUGUUUUCCCGCCAUUUUCCCGGGAAAAUCAAGGCCAAGUCUUUUCGACCCGUGUGGCGCAAAUGGGUACCUUUUUUUCAACUGGGUUUUUGCAGAAAGGGAGAAGUCAAAAAGGACCCACCAAAGAUUGAAUCGAAAUUUGAAGACCCAAUUGAAGGUUGUUCAGAUGGGGAAGAUUUUAGCGAAGAACAAGGAGACCAAGAAUUCGAAAGAAAAGCGAAAGCUUUCGUCGUUUCUCCUUCUUUGUCCACGCCGCCGAAGAACGCCUUGCUGUUAACCCGAUGCAGAUCUGCGCCUCACAGGUCGUCGUCUCUGGCGAGCAGAUUUUUGGGUUCGCCGGUGAGAGCCGAGAAAACAGAGGAAGAACAGAAACCCACGUCGGAAAGGCAGUCGAUUUCGGAUGAGGAAGCGAGAUUGGAGUCGGAGAGCGAAGAAAAGUUUGAAUUUUUCAGGGAAUUGGAGGGCGAAAUUCGAGAAAGAAUGGCGAAAUCGGCGAGCAUCGAAGAUAAAGACGGAGACUUCGGCGGGUCGGGUCGGCCGCUGAUACUGACAAGGUGUAAAUCGGAGCCGGCGAGAACGGCGGCGGAGAAGCUCGACCCGGAGUUGGGUUUCUGGAAAACGAGAAGGUUGGGAAUUGUUGAUUCAUGCUCACCGAGUGUUCUGUGAUUAAUUAUUAGUUGUUAAUUAGUCUCAUUAGUGUUUAAUUCGUUUUUUAAUUUUUUGGUGGCUGAAUUAAUGAAAAUUUAUUGAUGAUAGUUGUCUGAUACCAUAUUUACAGUGAUUAAAUAUUGGAAGUGUGUAUAUUCACAUCUAUGGUCGCACGGAA